AUGCUCUCCAACACUCUUCUGGGUGCGCUGCUUGCUGGCACAGCAAGUGCGCUUUCCCUUCCUCCACUGAUUCCAAGCAUUCCUGGCGUCACUGAGCCUCUUUCGAACAAUGCUCCACCGCUGCCCAUUCUCCAGAUUCCUACCCCUCCCUUGGAGAGUCCGCCGCACGAGGUAAACUCGCAGAUCCGGCCCAAGAAGAUUGGGUACUUCUGGACCGCCGCUGGCGACAACAAGCACAAGGACUUCCUUGCCACGUACUCUCUCGAUGAUGACACAUUCGGAACUCUGAUUGCUAUCACCGAUGUUCCGAGUAGUGGAAACUCACCGCAUCAUCUCGGCCCGUCUCUUGAUGGCAAGACACUUGUUGGUGGCGGUCUGCUGUCCUUGCUAAAGACUCAGGACACUGCUUUCUACUUCGACACCACCAAUCCUUACCAGCCCAAGUUCAAGAAGUCAAACCGCGCAUUGCUCUCUUCCAUCACGGAUGAGAUCCGCGCUAAGCCUGAUGGUGGCUUCUUCAUCACUUACAUGGGUUCUGCGGUCGGCACCUCCCCAGGCCGUCUCGUCGAGACUGAUGCAGACUUCAACAUCAUCCACGAGUGGCCUGAAGAUGUUCCCUCGGUGCUGAACAUCCUUGGCGAGCAGUUCAGUCCCCACGGCCUGUCCAUCGACUACAAGAACAACAUCAUCCUGACCUCCGACUUCGUCGUCCCAGUCACCAUCUUGAAGCCCGCUAGCAUUGCUGGUAUCCAAAAAGCCAGCACCCUCCGCCUGUGGGAACUCAGCUCCCGCAAGAUCAUCAGCACCAUCACCAUCCCUAACGGCGCAGGCAUCCAGGACGUCAAAUUCAUCCCUGGUAACAAAGAGUCUGCAGCCCUUGCCACCGCCGUUGGACCUGGUCAGGUCUGGAUCAUUUACCCGUUCCGCAAGAACGCGCAAGGCCAACAAGGUGUUGCAGAGCUCCUCUUCGACCUCGGUCCCAAGGCGCGUGACAACCUCGCCAUUUACUCCGACAUCACCGACGACGGAAAAUUCGCAUACUUCACCCUCACGCUGGGCAACCACGUCGCCGCCCUCGACAUCAGCGACCUGAACAACGUCAAGCGCCUCGACGAUCCAAACUUCAACCAAGGCAUUGUCGGACCUCACUACAUUAAAAUCUCGCCAGAUCGCAAAAAUCUUUUGGUCACUGAUUACUUCGUGCAGACGGGCCAAAUUGGCAUCGUCAACACGCCAGCAGACUUCAAGGCACAGUGGAUCGACAUUCUGCCUGAUGGUAGUCUGAGCUUUAACCGCAGCAUCGAUUUCUUGAGCCAAUUUCCGGAGAGGGGUGGAGCGUGGCCGCAUAGUGCUGUCAUCUUCGAUCUCACAGAUCCGAACAAGCCAUACUACUACUAG